AGAGAGGCAGAUGCCGGCGGGAGCAAGCCUCCGGCUUGGCCCUGUUCCAACUUUCAUUUUCACGAAGAGGAAACUCGAAAUUUGAGCUCAGCUGAGAGCUAGUCGGUCAGAGGUGUGCCCGUCCGGCCCCAUGUGACAGGUCGCCCCUGGCACAUAUAAGUCUUAUCUCCAGGCAGCCGGGCAGCUUCAGGGCACCCAGUCACCAUGUGGAUGCUCCUGCCCUCCACUUUGGCUGGAAAGCUUCUGAGAGCUUUCAGGAAGCCCCUGAGCUCUCUCUGGGACAGCCUGGUCCCCUGGGUCCUCUGGCUCAGGGCCACGCUCUGGCUGGCAAAGAGUGACAGCGCCCGGCCACUGCGGGCUGGCCGGAGGAGACCUCAGAAGUGCACAGGGGACAAUGGGGAGGGUCCGGACCAGGUCAUCCCCAUAAGCGUCAACUACCAUUUCACCCGACAGUGCAACUAUAAGUGUGGCUUCUGCUUCCACACGGCCAAGACGUCCUUCGUGCUGCCCCUGGAUGAGGCCAAGCGUGGGCUGCGGCUGAUGCGGGAAGCGGGGAUGGAGAAGAUAAACUUCUCAGGGGGAGAGCCGUUCAUUCAGGACCGAGGCAAUUACCUGGGUGAGCUGGUGAGGUUUUGCAAAGAGGAGCUACGGCUGUCCUGCGUGAGCAUCGUGAGCAACGGAAGCCUGAUCCAGGAGCGCUGGUUCAAGACCUACGGUGAGUACCUGGACAUCCUUGCCAUCUCCUGUGACAGCUUUGAUGAGCAAGUCAACGUCCUCAUCGGUCGGAGUCAAGGAAAGAAGAACCACGUGGAGAAGCUUCAAAAACUGAGGGUGUGGUGUAGAGACUACAGGGUGGGCUUCAAAAUCAAUUCUGUCAUCAAUCGCUUCAACGUGGAUGAGGACAUGAGGGAGCAGAUCAAAGCCCUUAAUCCUGUGCGCUGGAAGGUCUUCCAGUGCCUCCUCAUCGAGGGGGAGAACACCGGAGAAAACGCCCUGAGGGAGGCGCAGCGAUUCCUCAUCAGCGACGAGGAAUUUCAGGGAUUCUUAGACCGCCACAAAGAGGUGUCCUGCCUGGUGCCCGAGUCCAACAAGAAGAUGAAAGACUCCUACCUUAUUCUGGAUGAGUAUAUGCGCUUCCUGAAUUGUAAAAACGGGCGGAAGGAACCUUCCAAGUCCAUCCUGGAUGUUGGAGUAGAAGAAGCCAUAAAAUUCAGUGGGUUUGAUGAAAAGAUGUUUCUAAAGCGAGGAGGCAAGUAUCUGUGGAGCAAGGCGGACCUGCAUCUGGACUGGUAGGCCUGGGCGAGGGCAGGCCUCCACCGGCGAGGGGACGCCCGCUCGGCCCGAGGUGUGCGGCCACGCUCAGCGGCCCUUCCCCCAAUCCCACGUUCUGUUGCACCUGCCGUCUGUAUCUCCGCAGUAACCCAACAUGUCAUCACCUGGGUCAUUGUAAUCACCAAUAAUGCAAAGCCAUCAACUUUAGUUAAUUAGCUUAUUUAGGAUUUAAGUUUUUGAACCGCAUUUACUAUGACUCCCGUGUUCCCAGUUUCGAAGCUAUUUAUUCAGACCUUCAUUUGAUAGAGUUGAUUUUUUUUCUGUUAAAUAUUGAGAUGCCAAUUUUCACAUCCAGAACAAUUACAGAAUCCCUCCCCCAGUUAGUGUGCCGACGAUAACUCUUUCCUUUCUGCCUUUAUACCAUUGUGGUCGUGCACUUUUUAACCCGGAAGUCUGGAAAUAGCAGAUGCUUUCAAAGAGCAGGACAUGAUCUCAUUGGGGUUCAGGAAGCACCUAGAAGGAGGCCGCUCAUCGGCCCGCCGGCUGCGCAGCCCCCGCCGGCUACUCGGUGAAUGUCGGUCAUCUCUGCUGCUCCCCUUUCUCUUCCAGGAGUCUCAGGGAACCCAACACAUACUUUACAUUUCAUGACAAAGGUGACAUGGGGCCAGGGUUUGGGUUGCUGUAUGCACCUGUCAUCAAGCCACACCGCAGCAACAUGUGAGUUCAUGUGGAUGGACCGUUGUCCCUACACGCUGGCAGGUGACGUGACAGCGUACUAGACCAGCCUGGUCUGUGGGGACAAAGCUCUGGGAAGGUGUCUAGGAAAGGAUGAAUGGAAGCAUCUAGAAUGUACCUGGAUUUUACAUAAAUGAAGCCAUGGCACAAUAUAACAUUUCUCAACUAA